GUUGUGCAUCUCCCUGCUGAUCUCUGGUAAUUUUUAUUAUAUUGACUGUUCUUCCUAUGUAAGCAUACAUCAUGCAUACAUAUACAUUCAUACGUGGUGCACGUGGCUCAAAUGAAAUAGGAUGUUGAAUUGACAUAACUGAGAUAAUGAUUGUAGAAGUAAAUAUGUUGCUUUUGAUUUUAUAAAUGCAAUAGACAUUGAACAUAAUUGUAAGCUUUGCAUAAAACUUACUGUAUUUAUGAGAACAAUAUGCUUCUGUUCUGCCCAACCUGUGGGAAUUUACUACGUGUAGAGAAAGGAAUAACUGCAUUGAGGUUCGCCUGCAAUACAUGUCCUUAUGUUUUUAACAUUGCUCGCAAAGUCAGCAGCCGAACAUAUCCUAAGCUAAAAGAAGUCGAUGAUGUUCUUGGUGGAAGUGCUGCGUGGGAGAAUGUAGAUUCAACAGAAGAGCGUUGUCCAAAGUGUUCUCAUUCACGUGCAUACUUUAUGCAAAUUCAAACCAGAUCAGCAGAUGAGCCAAUGACAACAUUCUACAAAUGUUGCAAUCCCCAGUGUGCACACAAUUGGCGCGAUUAAAGCGUCCAUUGAAGAUUCAUACAAGGAACAUAAUGAAUCCCAAUCAUCAAGGUCCAACAAAAUUUCUUCUAAAUACGAGCAACAUCGAAGUGAAGUUACUUAGUAAAACUAAUAAACACUGGUUUUGUGGAGGUCCAAGAAGUAUGGCAGCAGCUGUAAACUUACUCCUAAACGGAGAAGUCAUAGCUCUGCCUACCGAUACAAUAUAUGGCUUUGCUGCACUAGCUCAAAACCAGGAUGCCAUAGAGAAACUGUAUAAGAUAAAAAA